UUUCAUGUUUUGCCAGCUGUUGCUUCCACGCUUUUCCACAAAAAUUUGUGUUUACGAUUAAAAUUUGCAAGAAAACUGAUGAACAUAUAAGUAAAUAUUGAUUAACGGAUUUUCACAGUUUGCACGGCUUUAGUUUUGGACCCACACAAUCGAGUUUGCAUAUUAAAAAGGAUUUAUCUUGGAACAACAAGCAACACUUUUAUUAACCGUAAAGUAAAUUUGCCAUGGUGAACGAUGAGGGUUGUUUGGCAGGAAGCCCUACUUCCAAACUUAAUGCCUAUGACUUCUACCGCUGCACCUUGGGAUCUUCGAGAUAUGUAGUGGCACCAAUGGUAGACCAAAGUGAACUAGCUUGGCGGAUGCUGUGCCGGCGAUAUGGCGCCGAACUCUGCUACUCGCCCAUGUACCAUGCAAACCUCUUCGCCACUGAUCCCAAGUAUCGCAAAGAUGCUUUGCAGACGUGUCCCGAAGACAGGCCCCUGAUCAUCCAGUUCUGCGGCAACGACGCCCAGCAAAUUCUGGAGGCAGCACUUUUGGCACAGGAUUACUGCGACGCGGUGGACAUUAAUUUGGGUUGUCCUCAGGCCAUUGCCAAGCGGGGUCACUACGGGUCCUUUCUGCAGGACGAGUGGGAACUCUUGACGAAGAUUGUGAGCACCUUGCACGCAAAGUUAUCCAUACCGGUGACCUGCAAGAUUCGCAUAUUUGAGGACCUCGAUAAGACCAUCAGAUAUGCAAAGAUGCUGGAGGCUGCCGGUUGUCAGCUCCUCACAGUGCACGGGAGGACCAGAGAACAGAAGGGACCGCUUACCGGCGUUGCUGACUGGAGCUACAUAAAGGAGGUGCGGCAGCACAUCAAGAUUCCCAUGUUUGCGAACGGAAACAUCCUGGGCCUGGAGGAUGUACACCGGUGUAUGGCGGAAACGGGAGUCGAUGGCGUCAUGAGCGCCGAGGGUAAUCUCCACAAUCCGGCCAUAUUCCAGGGAGUGUCUCCACCUGUCUGGCAAAUGGCCAAUGAGUACUUAGAGCUCGUGUACCUGCAUCCCUGUCCCAGCUCCUACAUACGAGGACAUCUGUUCAAGCUCUUCCACCAUAUUAUGAAUAUCCGACAGAACUCGGAGCUACGACAAAGCCUGGCCACUGCCAAUCAGCUAGAACAAUUUCAAACUGUCGUGCAAAAGGUCCAAGCCAAGUAUGAAGUCUUCCAUACGGGAGAAAUACCCUAUAAGCCGGAAGAAAUGGCGGCUGGAUCAGAGGAAGAUAAACUACCGCUUGCCCCCUGGCUGUGCCAACCCUAUAUACGCGCCUCACCCGAAUCCCACCGCCAGAAGAUCGCCGAAAAAGUGCGGGAGGCCGAGGAUCCCAAUAGAGCCAAGCGGCAGUACUUCGACAAGGACGGCAACGAGAUAUCCCGCAAGCGGAUGAAGAAGCUGCGCAGGCGCCAGCGAAGACCCAACCAAACAGAGGCCCAGAUCCAGCAUCGCCACGAGAGGCGCCUGGAAUACUGCACGGAGUGCUCCAACCCCCAGGGGUCGAAGUGCGAGUUCCGGCUGUGCCGCGUCUGCUGCAAGGACAAGUGCUACAGCACCGAUCGGGAUUGUCCCGGCCACGGAAUCUUGAUCAAAUCCCGACGGGCUAAAGCCAAGCAAUUCGAGGAGCACACUACGCACGUGUCUACAAAUCCAGUCAACGAUCCAGUGACAACUGCAAUCGAUGCAGGGGAUCCGCUUUGACAUUGACUUCUCGUAGAGAUGUAGUAAAAAUGAUCACUCUUGUUUUAGUUCCUAUGACCGCUAAUAAAAAGAGAUAUUGAUUUUA